AAUCGAUGAAUGCGUUGGCUGCGGGCUCGACACCUUCCGGGCAAAUGCCUGGACGACGCGAGGUUCCUUAUCAGUCUUUAGGAGUCGCAUGGGAGGAGCAGGUAUACCGACCUCGUAGGCUGCGUGCCUUAUCGGGAGACGUGGCAGGGUUGUCCGUGUGACGGGGAAAGCUGCACACAGUCCGUCCCGACGACUCGGCCCAACGAUCGCGCGCGCACAAAAGACACCGUUGCCGGCUGCACCUUCGUGGGAGGACGCGCCGUCGGGCGAAGCCUGUCAGCCCCUACGAGUCCGCCUUGUGAAACUCCGUUGCAUCGCCGUCGAGACCUCCGGGUUAAAGUCGCAGGUGAACGGCCGCUUUCUGUGGGGAAACUUCGACCACACUGCACGAUCGUGAUGGUGGCGGAGGGCGACACUUCAAAAGCGUGGUGAUGAUAACCUCGACGUUCCGGUGUUCCGACCUCCAAGUUGUCCGACCGGCGGUUCCAAGCUCGAACGAUGUCCUACCACUCAGCGCCGUGGUGGAGAUACUGCCUUCUCUUCGUCUUCGCCUGCCAGUUGCUCCUUGGCUCGGUGCUGGGACUUGAGUUCCACGGAAACUACCCGGCAUUCGCACCAGCAGGGAAUAGGAGCGACGAUCAGAUGGAGAACGCCACCUGCUCGAUCCGUGGCGUGCACCUCGACAUCGAUCAUUUCAAGAAGAAAGCCGCCGUCGACUGCUACAUGUACACCAACGGCCUCCGCCCCGAAUUCCAGGGCAAGGUGUGCUACAACGUCCGCUUUCCUAAAAUCUGUCUCAACUGCAAGCUGACUCCUACCAACGAGUCCCAGUGCUACCUGCCAGACAUCAACGACGAGACCAGCCCUCUGUUCUUGGCGUUCCGCACCAAAGCCAUCGGCCGACUUUGGGCCAACUGUGUUCGCCAGGCGAUCGCUUGCUGUCGGUACAUGCGCCAGGCGCCCCAAGUAUUGACUGGCGUCUUCUGCAACCGCACAUGGGACGGACUGGCGUGCUACGACGACACCGCCGCCAGCACCAACGUGUCUAAAGUGUGCCCCAGCCUGUUGUACAUUUACUCCCAACCGCACUGCGAACAUUACUCGACGCGUUGGUGCCACAAGAACGGAACGUGGUACAAGCAGCUCAAUCAAGAGCGCACUUUUUACAGCAGCUGCGCUCCGAAACCUUGGGAUUACGUCAGUGUCUACCACUACUCCAUCGGCCUGCUUGCUCUGUCGGUGCUCUCGCUGAUCCCGGCUCUCGUUGUGUUCAACUGGUACAAGUCUCUGCAGGUUCCCCGCAUCUCGAUCCACAAGCAUCUCUGCUUCUCCGUCAUGAUGUGCGGCACGUUCUACAUCAUCGACCAUGCGGUCUUCACGCUGGACGAUGCCAAGCCCACCAGGUUUACGAAGAACCUGACCAACCUCAACGUGUGGUGGUGCAAGUUGCUGACCGCAUUGAACCGGUACUUCAUGGUGAGCCAGUACAGCUGGAUGCUCUGCGAGGGUUGCUACCUGCACAGGCUGGUCGCCCAGGCAUUUUCACAACAGAUGAAUCUCAAGGUCUACUACGGCGUCGGCUGGGGAGCACCCGUUGUUCUUGUCAUUAUCUACAGCGUGCUUCGAGCUACGAAGUCCGAUGUCAGGUGCUGGAGGAACUUGACAGUCUACGACUAUGUGUUCACGGGCCCGAUUCUGGCAGCCCUCGCUGUGAAUAUCUUCUUCAUGACUCACGUCGUCUACAUUCUGGUGACCAAGCUUCGUCAAAGCAACGUCAGCGAUACCGCGAACUUCAGGAAAGUACUUCGCGCGGUGCUCAUCCUCAUUCCCAUCUUCGGAUGCCAUUUUAUUCUGACCACCUUCGUGAGUCCGGCGUCAUGCAGCGCCUACCUGAGCAAGCAGUACGCCGAGUGGACCAUCGUGGGGCUCCAGGGCUUAUUCGUGUCCCUCAUCUUCUGCUAUUUUAACGGAGAGGUCCAAGGCCUUGUGCGGCGUUCCUACGUCCGAUACAGCAACGACAGGAGCCUGAGCAGAAGGCACAGACCCAGUGUGCCUUUGACAACCACUACCACCACCACCACGGCGACCACAGCCAUGUGAAACAAAUAAAAAGGAAAACUCUCAAAUCACUCGAUAUACGCUGU